AAUAUAUUGUAGGUGAAAAAGCCUUUUGAGUUUUGUUUCUUUCUCUGUCUCUAUGUAUAUAUACAUCUAACGAAUCAGGGCCUGCUCGUUGCUUGCUUCAUCUUAGCAGCUUUCGAAGACUUCAUAUUCAUAUGUAUGCUCAUCCAUCUCAGUUUCAGUCAAUUACAUCAAUAUUAUGUCAUCCUUAAGCAAAAGCAGAGUAAGCAACAACAACUCUGAUGAAGCUGAUGCUCCUGAUGAUCAUCAUGAGCUUAGAAGAGGGCCAUGGACACUUGAAGAAGAUACCCUCCUAGUUCACUGCAUUGCUAGUCAUGGCGAAGGCCGAUGGAAUUUGCUUGCGAAACGUGCAGGAUUACGUAGAACCGGCAAGAGUUGCAGACUGAGAUGGCUAAAUUAUCUAAAACCAGAUGUUAAGCGCGGUAACCUUACUCCACAGGAACAGCUUUUGAUUCUUGAUCUUCAUUCUAAGUUGGGUAACAGGUGGUCGAAAAUUGCACAGCAUUUACCAGGAAGAACAGAUAAUGAAAUCAAGAACUAUUGGAGAACCCGGGUGCAGAAACAAGCAAGGCAUCUUAAGAUAGAUGCCAAUAGCACAGCUUUUCAAGAAAUAGUUAGGUGUUUUUGGAUACCAAGAUUGCUUCAAAAGAUAGAAGGAUCAACUUCUUCUCCUUCUUGUUCUUGUUCUUCUUCAUUUUCAUCAUCAUCAUCAGCAGCUGUCUUAUCCCAAAACUCAGCAGUUUCUCAGCCUGUUGAUUGCAGUCAUGUUCAUAAUUUACCAUUGACACCGCCAUCACUGCCGCCCCUGCCGCGACAAGAAAUUUCAGGUCAAGGGAAGUUAAUCGAGAUACACAAUUUGGAGGGUCGUCCCGAGCAUAAUUCAGACUCAGAGCAGGGCUCGACUUCAUGCAUAUCUUCUUCAACAGAAUCAAUGAAUAUCUCCCAGAUUUCUCAAUUAUCAGAAUACCAGCAAACAAGUCCUUUUCAAGGAAUGAGUCACGAUGCCAAUAGUAAUUACAGCAACUAUGUUAAGGACUGUUAUUACGUUGACAGCAGCGGCUGUAACAUGGAAACAGCGAACCUGGCAACCCUGUCACUAUCUGGAGGAUUUCAGAAUCCGGCUGGUGAUUGGGUUGGAUGUGAUUUUGGAGAUAACUACAUGUGGAGCGUGGAUGAAUUAAUGGCACUUUAGGAACUUGCCAAGAAAAGGAAACUUAUGGUCUUCUCUUUUUCUUUCUUUUCUUUUCUUUUUGGAGAUGAUGCAACCAACAGUUCAUCAAUUAUAUGAAGCUUUUAGCUUUUAGGAUCAAAUUAAUUGUGUGAUUGUGUAAUAAAGAUGAGCAAAUUGUUAA